UGUCGUUAUAUUUCGCGGGAAUAACGAACAGUUUGUAAACAAUCCAUGCUUUACUGUUGAUUAAACGAUGCUAAUUUAAAAUGACAGAAUUAAUUGGACACGUAGGAGUACCUUCACAGCUUAAUUACGGCAGUAAAUUGCGUGUGAAAAUUCGAAGCAUUUCGAGAAACUGUUAUUGUUUAUAUUAUAAUAAUGUAGCAUAUUUAAUACAGUUUGAAAAUCGUGCUUUCGCUGUAAAGGCGACGUAUACGUUUCCUUCUUAUGUAACACACAUUGCUUUAGUUGAAUCAGAAAUGUAUGCUGUAACGUCAGAAGGAAUUAUGACAGAAUCGGUAAACAGAACUUCUGAGCUUAUGGAAGACACCGUUGAAGAUAUUUUUGCAAAAUUGAAUAAUUUUGAAAAAGAAUCACAUAAGUUACUCACAGAUUUUACUUAUAAACAAGAUUCUAUAGAAUCACUGAUUUUAGUUUCAGAGAAGAUAGUGAUAUGUUUUAAAGAUAAAUUACUUAAUGCAUGGACAGUAAAGAUUCUAUAUAAAGAACAGUUUGGACACGAAAAAAUAUGUUUCACUGUUGACUGGGAUAAUUAUCCUUCUAAUGAAAAUAUUGAAGAUCUACUGCUUCUUGAUCCUUUUGAAAAGAAAUCUUUUCCACUUCAUCAUAGACCAAUACUUCUCAGUAUUGUACAUAGUGAAGAUAUUUCCACUAGUGAAACAACUUGUAGUUUGCAGAAACAUCUAUUUAUUUCUUUAUUUGGUAGUUCAACAUUUUUGGCUUCUCAGGAUGUUAUUCUUUUGGGCUUACCUGAUGGAAGAGUCGUGUGGAAAAACAUUUGUUCAGUUUCAAAUGAAGCUAAAGCACAUCUUUUAUGUAAAUUAAAUCAACCAAUAAUUGGAUUAUUUUGUACAAAGUUGCAUUUACAAAAAGGUGAAACAAUAUCACAAGCUCAAGACUCCUUAAUAGUUCUAGGAUCAGAAGGGAAAUUUAUUGUAUUCACUAUGAGUGAAAAAUCUGAUCACGAAAAUAAACAUCUUUUAUUAUUCAGUUAUUUAGAAACAUCACUUUAUUCAUACUUGGUAUGGAAAAAUUACAUUAUAUAUAUAACAACUUCUGGCGAACUCUUCCGUGCCGAACUUCAAUUGAACGAAGAUUCUCUCAAUGUAAAUACAUAUACAUUACCAGUGAAUAGAGUAACUGCAUUUAGUUUUAUUGAAGAAGAAAAUAGUAUAAAAUUACUGUGUGUAACAUAUACUGGGGAUCUAUAUAUUGUUCCAUUUAAUGAUGGUACCAAAGAAUAUUCUAACCCAAAUGAGGUGCAAAAUAUUUUGAAAUCGGUUAAUAACUGUUCAAAUGAAAUUUUACAACAACAACUGAUUCUUAAAGAACAACAACAAGCUUUAUCACAAUUAGCAAUAGCUGCUAAUUUGUUGUUUUGUAAACAAGUUUUGGAUGAUAUUAAAUAUACUUUAGAAACAAUAAAGGAAUCUGAAUAUGUAUUACAAGUUGAUUUUUCACCUGUGAAGAAACUUGAUGUAAUUCUUGGUUAUUGGUACUUUGCUAUCUUUAUUCACAUUAAUAAUAAAUCAAUUUGCAAGUUCAUUCCUAUUGACAAGUUUUUUUUUUAUUUUAAAAGUUCUGAGCUUAUGGAAGACACCGUUGAAGAUAUUUUUGCAAAAUUGAAUAAUUUUGAAAAAGAAUCACAUAAGUUACUCACAGAUUUUACUUAUAAACAAGAUUCUAUAGAAUCAUUGAUUUUAGUUUCAGAGAAGAUAGUGAUAUGUUUUAAAGAUAAAUUACUUAAUGCAUGGACAGUAAAGAUUCUAUAUAAAGAACAGUUUGGACACGAAAAAAUAUGUUUCACUGUUGACUGGGAUAAUUAUCCUUCUAAUGAAAAUAUUGAAGAUCUACUGCUUCUUGAUCCUUUUGAAAAGAAAUCUUUUCCACUUCAUCAUAGACCAAUACUUCUCAGUAUUGUACAUAGUGAAGAUAUUUCCACUAGUGAAACAACUUGUAGUUUGCAGAAACAUCUAUUUAUUUCUUUAUUUGGUAGUUCAACAUUUUUGGCUUCUCAGGAUGUUAUUCUUUUGGGCUUACCUGAUGGAAGAGUCGUGUGGAAAAACAUUUGUUCAGUUUCAAAUGAAGCUAAAGCACAUCUUUUAUGUAAAUUAAAUCAACCAAUAAUUGGAUUAUUUUGUACAAAGUUGCAUUUACAAAAAGGUGAAACAAUAUCACAAGCUCAAGACUCCUUAAUAGUUCUAGGAUCAGAAGGGAAAUUUAUUGUAUUCACUAUGAGUGAAAAAUCUGAUCACGAAAAUAAACAUCUUUUAUUAUUCAGUUAUUUAGAAACAUCACUUUAUUCAUACUUGGUAUGGAAAAAUUACAUUAUAUAUAUAACAACUUCUGGCGAACUCUUCCAUGCCGAACUUCAAUUGAACGAAGAUUCUCUCAAUGUAAAUACAUAUACAUUACCAGUGAAUAGAGUAACUGCAUUUAGUUUUAUUGAAGAAGAAAAUAGUAUAAAAUUACUGUGUGUAACAUAUACUGGGGAUCUAUAUAUUGUUCCAUUUAAUGAUGGUACCAAAGAAUAUUCUAACCCAAAUGAGGUGCAAAAUAUUUUGAAAUCGGUUAAUAACUGUUCAAAUGAAAUUUUACAACAACAACUGAUUCUUAAAGAACAACAACAAGCUUUAUCACAAUUAGCAAUAGCUGCUAAUUUGUUGUUUUGUAAACAAGUUUUGGAUGAUAUUAAAUAUACUUUAGAAACAAUAAAGGAAUCUGAAUAUGUAUUACAAGUUGAUUUUUCACCUGUGAAGAAACUUGAUGUAAUUCUUGGUUAUUGGUACUUUGCUAUCUUUAUUCACAUUAAUAAUAAAUCAAUUUGCAAGUUCAUUCCUAUUGACAAGUGUUUCCAUUCUCAGUUUAAACUGAAUAUUGAAAGAGCUUCAACAUUUUCACAUCCAAUUAAAGUGGAGUGCAUAUUACAGCUUGAUCUCUCAUCAGUAAAAAAUUUACCUUUGUCUAUAAAGAAAUUAUCUCCUGUUUAUAUAUCUGUCAAAGAAGAAUUAUAG